AUGUCUACUACCCAACAGCUUCAGCGCCAUCGUGCCUACCCGCGGGGUCAACAAAUGGCUGCGACCUACGGCACUGGGGCCAGGUCCAAUAUGAGAACCGUUCAAUUGAACGGGAUUGUGGGAGAAAAACAUGAUGCUUAUCUCAUCUCCUACUCUACAAGUGAUGGUCCAUGGCCUCCGUAUUGGGUUCGCAAGGACUACCCCGUCCAGAACGCCAUCAUCGCCUGGCUGUACGCCCGUCUCAAUGGUGACGCCACACUCAUCAACGCUGACCCGCCUGAGUGGCGUCUCACUGCCACAAUCGCGCCUCGCACUGUCGAGCCUCACACCCCUGAGCAACGCUUUCUCCAGGCUAUUGAACAGGGAAGCAUCACUGUCCGCCGCGGACGUUCAGUGUCCCAGGUACAACUCACCAAAGAUCAGAAGCGCGCUGAAAUCAAGGCUACAUUUGCGGGUAACUUCUGUGAGGAUAGUUCCUCCAGCUCCUCCAGCGAUGGUGAUGAGUCUGAUGAAGAGAUCAAAGAGAACUACAAGAUGGAAGCACGCAAGGACAAAGGCUGGACUAAGGGAGUGUUGACACUCAUCGCCAGCAUCCUUAUCAUGUUCAUCCUUUUGGUGAUUGUGGAUUUCAUUGUCGACAUGAAUGAGUCUCUCGACCCGGUUGUUUUCCACAUCUAUUAA